UUUCGCGAAGUUGGCCUUGCCUUGCCGAAACAAAAAUAAUCCUAAAACCAUCGUGGGUUUUUGGGGCCGUGUUUGCGGGCUCACGGUUCGGUGAUACGCCGUGCGUGCAGUGAGUCACGAUCCACGUUCGCCAGUGCCCGUUCCCGUUCCGUUCCCCCCCGCCGAACUGAACCAAGCUGUGCGCGUACCGCGGGUGCCGCUCGCGCGCGCCUUGUGCGGAAUUUAAGGAAACGAGAUUUACACGCCUUCCGACGCCGAUCGUUCCACUCCGACGCCACCGGACCGGUAAGCGGAAGUGGGAGGCAGCCGAAUCACCGACGUUCCGGCCCGCAAAGCUUGCCUUUUUUGGGUGCCCGUCGCCGUCGCACAGUGAAGCACGGUUGUUUACCUUCUCUCAACACGCCUCCCCUCACCUCCCGUUCCGUUCGUCCACAUCCAACUCAUCCGCACGGGAGCAUCACGGAUCACGGAUAGCACUCUUGUUUUGCCGGAUACGGCCAGAUCUGUUCUGCAGCCGCUACCGUGUCCAACCGCAUACCGAGAAAUCGUUGCCGAUAAAGGACAGAGAAGGUGAAACAGCAGCUUCAGCGACGAUUGCUACGUUUUUGGUGAACCGACUAUGAAACCGAGGCGGUGAUUGCUUCGAUCAGGAUUUACGGAAAGGCACGCAAGGAGCCAAGUGUUGUGCACACGUACAAUCGCAUACAUACACACAUACACCGUUGAUGGUUGUGAUAGUGAUGGUUGUGGCACCCUGAGCGGGGAAUGCUGUACGAUUAUCAGCCGCAAGUUUAUCAGCAGCAGCAGCAGCAUCAUCAUCAUCAUCGUCAUCAUCAUUACCUGCCAGCAGCCAGCAGCAGCAGCAGCAGCAGCAUCUGCAUCAUGCCGAAGAAGGAUUCGAAAUCGGAAGAUGGUGGUGGCGGAGGAGGAGGACGAAAGAGUAAAAUGAGUGCGGCGGCCGCUGCAAAGCUGGAACAGCAGCAGCAGCAGCAGCAGCAACAGCAGCAACAGCAACAGCAGCAGCAGCAGGUAAGAAGGAGAAAAGAUCGACGGGAUGACAUGAAGGCCGGAGGGCGACCCGGUUCCGUGGGACCCGGUGGUCCGGGCGGCAUGAAAGGCGCCAACUCGUCGGAUCCCUGCAGUAUUAACAAUGCCGGCGGUGGAGGCCCUGGCAGUGGGCUCGGUGUAGGCGUCGGCCCGAACAGUGGUGGUGUUAUGGAUGGUCUGGGCAAGGGCGGUAUGGGCCCGGGACCGGGACAUCUCGAUGGGCACCAUCCGGGCGGGAUGGAUGGUAAAAUGAAUGCCGGUGGACUGGCGGGACUGAUGGGUGGCCAGAAACCGUCGAACAAACUGGAGUACACGCAGCAGCAGAGCCAGAUCUUUGUGUUUUCGACGGCGCUCGCCAACAAGGGCGCGGAAGCGGUACUGAGCGGACAGUUCAACUCGAUCAUCGCCUAUCACUGUGCCCAGAUGCAGAAACGCAACCAGCUCGGUGGUGGCCCGUGCGGUGCAGGUGGUAGUGGUGGUGGUGGCGGCGGAGGAGGAGGCGGUUUAGGCCCCGGUGGUCCCGGUGGACCGGGUGACGAGAUGAACAGUGGCGGUAACAGUGUUGGCCCCGGGGCAAUGUCUCCCUGGAUGGAACAUCAUCAUGGGCACCAUCAUCACCACGGAUCACCGGAUCAUCAUAUGCGCGGUGGUGGAGGUGCUGGUGGUGGUGGUGCUGGAGGCGGAGCCAUGAUGGGACCGGAUGGAAUGAAGAAAUCGGCCACCAUUCAUCAUACGGCCAACUCGUCCUGCCUGGGAGGUGAUGGAGAUGGGGUCUCCGGUGGACCGCCCGGUGGCGGAAUGGCAUCCAUGUUCGGUGGUGGUGGAGGAAGCAACGCUGGUGGUGCCGGUGGUGGCCCUGGUGGUCUUGUGGAGCACCAUAUGCGUAUGGCCGGAGGGCCGGGUUCGGGUCCGGAUCCGUCGGUGAUGGGCAAAAAGUCGGCAACGAUUCAUCACACCGCGAAUCCAUCGGGUGGCCCGGGUGGCGGUGGCUGCAUGGAUCCCGAUGGUUCCGGCUUGCCAAUGUACCCGGUUGGUGGCGAUGCUGGCGGACACAUGAGGAUGGGCGGUACGGAUGGAAUGUCAAAGCCCGGCACGAUUCACCAUACACCGAAUUCAUCUUCCUGCAUGGAGAGUGGUGUCGUUGGAGGAGGCGGAGGAGGCAAUGGAGACGGUGACCCGACGAUGACGGGAGGCCAUCCGGGUGUCAAGAUGGAGAACCCAUCCCCCGUUGGAUCGCACAUUUCCCCGAGCGGUGGUGGGGGCGGUCCAGGAGGUCCUGGCAGUGGCGUAGGAGGCGGCGGCAUCGGCGGCGGAGGUGGAAUGGGAGGAAUGCCUCCCGGUGGCAGUGGCGGUGGCGGUGGUCCGAUGGGUGGUGGAGGCGGUAGCCACUCGAGCUCGACGAUCAUCGAUCAGAUGAACUCACUGGUCGCCUCGCUGCCACUGAUGAAGGGUGGCAACGUGCUGUCCCAAUCGCGCGGUCACCCGCAACCGUCGCUCCAGGGCGUGAAGGUACCGGACGAGAAUCUGACACCGCAGCAGCGGCAACACCGAGAGCAACAGCUGGCCACCUUGCGGCAGAUGCAGAAAAUGUUUUUUCCUGAGCAGCGCGGCAUGAUGCCGGAUCCGCACGGGAUGGGCAUGCGGCCACAGUUCCGUGGUGGUGGCGGUGGAAUGGGAAUGCCGCCCGAGUUUGGCGGUGGACCACCGAACCGGCCCCUCAAUCCGGCCUUCAUGAACACACCGAUGGGCCUAGAUGGUCCGGGUCCAGGUCCCGGGCCUGGACCGGGCAUGAUCAACGAGCAGAUCCCUCCGAUGCAGUACAACAAACCGAAUAUGAUGAAUCCGGGCAUGUACGGCAUGGGUGGUGGAGGUGGUGGUGGUGGCGGUGGCCCAGGUGGACCAAUGGGUGGCCCGAUGGGUGGCGGUGGCCCGAUGGGUGGCGCUGGACCCAUGGGCGGUGGAGGCCCCAUGGGCGGAGGUCCGAUGAAUCGUAUGUACAAAGCAGAUCCCGAUCCUAUCUUUCCUCCCAUGACCGAGAUGGGUGGCGGUGGAGGCGGCUACGGUGGUAGUGGUAGCGGCGGUGGCGGUGGAGGUGGCGGUCUCAUGAACAAUCACGGCCCCGGUAUGUUUGGCGGAAAUCCUGGUAUGCAGCGAAUGGGAGGCAUGCCGCCCGGUGGUGGCCCUGGUCCCAUGGGUGGCGGUCCUGGUGGCCAUAUGAUGGGACCGAAGAUGGGCUCCGAGCAUCCGUCAAUGCUCGGUGGCCAUCCAAUCCCUCAAUCCCCGCUCAUGGAUGACGAUCUCACCAAGGUUACGAUGCAGCAACAGCAACAACAACAACAACAACAAAUGAUGCUUCCCGCAAAUCCUCCUCUUCCGCAACCCGGUACACCGACCGGUGGUGCUGGUGGUGGUCUAAUCGGUAGCAAUGGCGGUGGACCCAUGGGCAUGAACAAUCCCAAUGGCGGCGGUGGACCGGCAGUUGGUGGUGCUAAUGGAACGGCGAAUGGUGCGGGCAAAACGAAAGAACCCUCCGUAUCACCGGAACAGGUUGGAGGCGGUGGUCAGCAGGGACCAGGCUCCAAUCAGCAACAGCAGCAGCAGCAGCAAGGACCCGGCAGUCAACAGGGCCCGCUAACACCACAAACCCCCCAAGGUGGACAGCAGACGCCCGGGCAACCACUUACGCCACAGACGUCGAUGGCCGGUUCGUAGGGCCGCGUAGGACCUACCAAAUUCCCUUCCCCUUCACCACAUCACUCACGUCCCCAUUGCCUCCCAAAUGACCAUGGCCUGACCUGACAGUUCUCCCGAUUCCGAUCCCGAUCCCGGCUCCUUUCCCGAUCACGCUCAUUUCCCCGGAAGGAACAACAAAUCUGCCUUAUCACUGAAAACCGAGUACGAGAAAUUCGAGAGCGAGACAAAUGCGUAAAUUGCAGCAGCAGCAGUCAUUCGUAGCAAACACAACUAAGCAAAAAGCAUAAAAAAAUAUUGCAAAUACGAAAAUCGAACAACAUUUUACCGAGGAGAGCGUGCGAUAGAGAAGUAGAACGGGGAAUACAAAACACAAAAAUAGAGAAGAUGCAUAAUGUAAUAAUAAGAAGGCGGAGGGAGAGAUAGAGGAAGAUAGAGGAAUGCGCGCGAUCGUGAUGUAGCAAUUCAGGGCGCAGAAACGGAUAGGAGGGUAUGGGGAGCUACUCAGAGAACUGAUUUACAGCAAUAAGGGCUACCCCAGCAAUGGCGAGUGUCCUCGAAUAGCAUUAUAGGCCUUCAUUUGUUCAUUUGUUUGGUGCUCCACGUGCCCAGAACCUCCGCGCUCUGGCGGGUAACCGUCCGUUGGCAAAAAGUUUCAGCACAAUAAACAUGAAUGCUCGAUCUUCUCGGAAAAUGUAGAUAGAACGCGGCCUCAAGGGUUUCGUCAUUUAAAGGGAUUUCAUAUUUGUCCUCUGAUCUGACAUCUUUACUCAUAACGGUAGCCUAGGAUGCAGUAUCUAUGCCAACAUGGACUUAAGAAAGAACGCGCUGUAUUUUACGGCGAAUCAAAGGUGGCUAUAGAAAGUAGCAGCUUGUUUCGAUCGGCCGCUAAAAAAUACUUAACUAGAAAAUGGUACAUAAUGCCUCCGAGAGUUCAAUUUAUUUUUUGUCUAGCCACAUAUUUUGCUUAAAGAAACAUUCAAAGAAAGUGCUAGAGGUUCGUUCGGCGAUACUCAAGCAACCAUACCGCUCCUACCUGCCUGCUGUCGCUAUAGCACUCGAUCGUUUCGUUUUCAAAGGGACUGCCAAACCAUCCAGCAUCCAAUAAGACGGAGAGAAAAGAGGAGAAAAGAAGAGCACCCAAUUAGCUGCAAACCCCGGCGGGUGGUCCUCUCCUGAUCAUGAUGGUCACGUCAGAGUGAAGUAGUUUAGUAUUAAGUAUUAAACAAGAAGGUCUUGAAAGUGUUGAAUAAUAA